AUGAACCCCAGUUCAUCAACUAGCGACACAAGGCGCACCAUCGCUGGCGAAUCAAAAGAUACCGACGACGAGACAGAAAAGGAAUCCAUUCAACAUGUCCAGUCGACAUGGCACAUGGCACCCGAGUUGCACAAAAUGAGAGAACGAGACGAAGCCGGUGGAGAGAAGCCACGAAAGCUGGGCGUCGCCUGGCAAAACCUCACUGUCAAAGGCGUUGGCGGUAAUGCCACAUUCAAGGAAAACGUUGUCUCCCAGCUUUUCCCCUUCCACAAGGGUAGCAAUGAUGCCCAACUGAAGACAAUCAUUCAAGAUUCAUACGGAUGUGUUAAGCCAGGAGAGAUGUUGCUCGUGCUGGGACGCCCCGGGGCUGGCUGCACGACAUUGCUGAGCGUACUUGCCAAUAAUCGACUAGGCUACGAGGAAGUCACUGGAGAUGUUAGCUAUGGUAAUAUGUCCGCCGUGGAAGCCCAACAGUACCAGGGCCAUAUCAUCAUGAACUCAGAGGAGGAAAUUUUCUUCCCUACCUUAACUGUCGAAGAUACCAUCAGCUUCGCCGCUCGCAUGAAGGUUCCCUAUCAACUGCCACCUGGAAUCACGACUCAUGAAGAAUAUGUUCUGUUCUAUAAAGACUUUCUCCUUCGAUCUGUCGGAAUAUCUCAUACCAAACGAACAAAGGUCGGAGACGCUUUCAUCAGAGGUGUCUCAGGAGGCGAGAGGAAACGGGUGUCUAUUCUUGAAUGCCUAACUACUCGUGCGAGUGUAUUCUGCUGGGAUAAUUCCACAAGAGGCCUCGAUGCUAGUACAGCACUCGAGUGGAUUAAGGCAAUCAGAGUAAUGACCGAUGUCCUCGGCCUUACUACUCUGGUCACACUCUAUCAGGCAGGUAACGGCAUCUAUGAGCAUUUCGAUAAGGUCCUCGUUCUCGAUGAGGGAAAGCAAAUAUUCUACGGACCGCGGAAAGAUGCGGUCCCAUUCAUGGAGGGCCUGGGUUUUAUGCGAGACCCAGGUUCCAACCAAGGAGAUUUCCUGACGGGUGUAACAGUUCCUACCGAGCGCCGUAUUGCCCCUGGAUAUGAAGACAAGUUCGCACAUACCGCCGAUGAGAUCCUCACUGCAUACGAGCGAUCGGAAGUCAAAAUGGGAAUGCUGGAAGAGUGCCAAAUCUACCCAAAUAGCAAGGAAGCCGCUGAAAACACAGCUACCUUUAAGGAAAUGGUGUCUCGUGAGAAGCACAGGGGCGCAUCCAAGAAGUCUCCUGUCACUGCUGAUUUCAUCACCCAGGUCAAGGCCGCCAUCCUCAGAGAGUACCAGCUCAAACGGGGCGAUAAGGCGACGCUAUUUAUGAAACAAGGCGCUACACUCAUUCAAGCUCUCCUCGGUGGCUCUCUAUUCUAUUCUGCUCCUAACAACUCGACCGGCCUUUUCCUAAAGGGUGGUGCUUUGUUCUUCUCCAUUCUAUACAAUGCUCUUAUAGCUCUAUCAGAGGUUACCGACUCAUUCACUGGCAGACCUGUUUUAGCAAAGCACCGCUCCUUUGCCCUGUACCACCCAGCGGCUAUUUGUAUUGCCCAAAUAGUCGCAGACUUUCCUAUACUUCUAUUCCAAGUAACACAUUUUGGUCUUGUUCUGUAUUUCAUGGUUGGUCUGAAGACCUCGGCUGGGGCCUUUUUCACUUACUUAUUCACUAACUUUGUCACUGCGAUGUCCAUGACGGCCUUUUUCCGACUCGUUGGCGCCGCAUUCCCUACCUUUGACGCUGCGACAAAGGUCUCCGGCCUUUCGAUUGUAGCGUUAUUUGUUUACAUGGGAUAUAUGAUUAUCAAGCCCCUGAUGCAUCCGUGGUUUGUGUGGAUCUUUUGGAUCAACCCCAUGGCAUAUGCUUUCGAAGCUCUUCUUGGAAAUGAAUUUCACGACCAGAAUAUACCGUGCUAUGGCCCCAACCUUAUUCCCAGUGGCCCCGGCUACAUUGAUGGGGAAGGUGGCCAAUCGUGUGCUGGUGUUGUUGGCGCAGCACCCGGUGCAGCGAGCCUUACAGGCGAUGAUUAUCUUGCAACCAUGUCAUUCAGCCAUGGCCACAUAUGGCGCAACGUCGGCAUAAUUUGCGCCUGGUGGGUGCUCUAUGUCGGGCUCACCAUUAUCUUUACCUCUAGGUGGAAAUCGCUUGGAGAAGGUAGCCGCAGGCUCCUUAUUCCUCGUGAGCAACAGCACAGAUCGAGGCAUCUUUUGCAGUCCGGUGACGAGGAAGCGCGAGAUGGGAAGUCCACUGUCAACUCCAGGUCUGAUACAUCAACAGAAAAUAUUGGUGAUAAUCUUCUCCGUAAUAAAGCAAUCUUUACCUGGAAAGAUUUGACAUAUACUGUUAAAACCCCUGACGGUGAUCGCAUCCUUCUUGAUAACGUCCAAGGUUAUGUCAAACCGGGUAUGCUUGGGGCUCUAAUGGGCACAUCUGGUGCUGGCAAGACGACACUACUUGACGUUCUCGCACAACGCAAAACUUCAGGUACUAUCCAUGGAUCUAUUCUAGUUGAUGGUCGGCCUCUUCCGAUCUCAUUCCAACGUUCAGCCGGUUAUGUUGAACAGUUAGAUAUUCAUGAACCUUUAGCGACUGUCCGUGAGGCUCUUGAAUUCUCAGCUCUCCUACGCCAGUCUCGCGAUACACCCACUGAAGAAAAAUUACGAUAUGUCGAUACAAUCGUUGACUUGCUAGAACUGAAUGACCUUGAACAUACGCUUAUUGGUUCCCCAGGAACUGGUCUCUCAGUGGAACAACGCAAGCGGCUUACUAUUGCUGUUGAAUUGGUAGCAAAACCAAGUAUCCUGAUCUUCCUCGAUGAGCCCACGUCAGGAUUAGAUGGUCAGUCUGCCUAUAAUACUGUUCGUUUUCUUCGCAAACUUGCAGAAGCUGGACAAGCCGUCUUGGUGACGAUACAUCAACCAUCAGCUCAAUUAUUUACGCAAUUUGAUAAGCUACUGUUGUUAACUGCAGGUGGCAAAACAGUAUAUUUCGGAGCUAUCGGCCAGAAUGCGAGCACCGUUAAGGAGUACUUCGGCCGCUAUGGAUCCCCUUGCCCUCCUGAGGCUAAUCCCGCUGAGCACAUGAUAGAUGUUGUUUCAGGGAAAGGCGAGGGUCAAGAUUGGAACCAGAUCUGGUUGCAGUCACCAGAGCAUAGAAAGCUCUCCGAAGAACUGGAUAACAUGGUUGCAGAGGCUCUCGACCGAACCACAACAGUUAAUGAUGACCAGUAUGAGUUUGCGGCUUCACUGUGGACACAAACUAAGCUUGUGACGCAUCGCAUGAAUAUCUCACUCUUCCGCAACACCGAAUACCUCAACAACAAAUUCGCCAUGCAUAUAAGUCUAGCACUGUUGAACGGCUUUACUUUCUGGAUGAUUGGAGACUCACUUACAGACCUACAGCAGAAUCUCUUUACUGUGUUUAAUUUUAUUUUUGUGGCGCCAGGGGUCAUUUCCCAACUCCAACCUCUUUUCAUUGACCGUCGAGAUAUCUUUGAGGCACGCGAGAAGAAGAGCAAAAUGUAUCACUGGGCUCCUUUUGUCACAGGCCUGAUAGUCUCCGAGUUUCCCUACUUGCUUGUUUGCGCAUUGCUAUAUUAUGUCUGCUGGUACUUUACUGUCGGCCUUCCUACCUCACCAUAUCACGCUGGCAGUGUCUUUUUUGUUGUGGUAAUGUACGAGUGCCUCUACACAGCAAUUGGGCAAAUGAUUGCCGCCUAUACCCCCAAUGCCGUAUUUGCAUCCCUUGUCAACCCUCUCGUGAUCACGACUCUAGUCUCGUUCUGCGGUGUUAUGAUCCCAUACAGCCAAAUCGAGCCAUUCUGGAGAUACUGGAUGUACUAUAUCGACCCCUUCAACUACCUGAUGAGUUCCCUGCUCGUAUUUACCACGUGGGAUAAGCCCGUUCAUUGCACACCACAUGAACUGGCCGUAUUUGAUCCGGCUCCCAAUCAAACCUGUGGUGAGUACCUCGAUGUGUAUCAACGCAGCAGCAUAGGGAUGGCUGCGAACCUCCUUAAUCCACAUGCCACUGCAGCUUGUCACGUCUGCCAAUAUACUGAGGGUGGAGAUUACCUUCGCACACUGAACCUCGCAGAAGGGUAUUUUGGCUGGAGGAAUGCCGGUAUUGUUGUUGUGUUUGUGAUUGGUAUCUAUGGACUAGUGUUCCUCAUGAUGAAACUCCGGACUAAGGCUACCAAGAAGGCUGAGUCUUAG